CUUCCAUCUCAUCGUCUCAACUACUCAAACCUACUCUCUUCAGACACCUUGAUCUACCAUCCCAUUCUCACUUCUUCACCAUGCCUAUCUCCAAGGGAAACACCAUCACCAUCCCCACCCAGUUCCUCGGCGGCGCUGAGGGCAAGAAGAUCACCGUCCGGUGGCAGCAGACCUUCCGCGACCGCCACGAGGACUACUGGAUCUGCAAGUGGACCAACAAGACCACCCCUGGCGACCAGGGCGUCAUCUUCGUGCAGGCCAGCAAGCUUGAGCAGCUAAAGUCGCGCAAGGUCGACGGCGACGACCUCACCGUCGUCGUCAGCGACGAGUUCCAGUACGGCCAGAAGAAGGACCAGUCGAACCGCUUUCUGGUCUACCACGACAAGUCCAACAAGCCCUAUCAGCACCGCUUCAUGGAGAACACCCUGACCUCCCUGGGCUCCAAGGGCGCCGACUUCGUCAUCAGCCUCGGAUACUCCGACGUCUCCAAGGUCGAGGAUAUCCUCAAGCACUUCAUCGGUGACUACCUCAAGGACUUCUAGAGGCCGCGCAUGGGUGGUUUGUUUCCGCUGAGAGACGUGGUAGAAGAGAUGGAGGAGAGAUUUGCAAGGGGGCUUUGUCUUGUUUAAGUUUCCGAUCGAUCGUUUCCGAGUGUUGUUUUUCGCCCUUGCUUUAGUUAUAGGUUUGUUUUUCUGUCGGUUUAUGUCUUUUUCUCUGCAGAGUCGCGAGUUCUCUACUUUCAAUGGCAC